AUGUUUCCGUUAAAUUUAAAUUAUGUGAUAUUAAUAUUAAUGUUAAUCAACUUAUUAUCUGGAGAAAUAUUUCCAAGCGAUUUACAAAUAAGACACAGAAGAGCACGAUUGAUAAGAAAUAGGCGACACGGAAAUCACUUUUUAAAAAUCGAAAAGUUUUCUUCCGAUUUUGAAAAUGUAGCUAAUUUAAAUAAAUUCGUAACCGAGUCAUCCGACGUGAUAUAUAAUAAUUCGACUUUAACGAUAACCGACGAGCAAAUUAUUAUAAAGUUGUCCCCUGAAAGUCCAAAUGCUCAUAAAACUGGCAAGAAGUCAGAAGGAAACAUAAAUAUCAAAGUAAAUACGGCGAACUCUGCCAUGCAUUCAAAUAAUAGCUGGCAACAUAUUGACAAAACUGUUUUAUACAUGGGAGAAAAACGUAUAUUCAAUAAAGUUGAUAGUGAUGAAAAUGAGACGGCUUCGGAAACGUUCUCGAAUGCAAACGACAUUAACUCGUCUAGGGAGUAUAAUUCGGGUGAAAAAUCAUCGUGGAGAAGAACCGAAAGUGGUGGUCAAGCGGAUAUUGUUACUCGUUUUUUACGAAUCGUAGAAUCUCAACACCUACUAGGAGAGAAUUGCACAGCUGGAACGGAUUUGAACCUUGGUGAAGGAGUUGUGGACAGAUACGCUCAAGGACGGUUCAGGGUUGAAGCGGAUAUUUGUGUCAACAGAGCAAACAUGCUGACUCGUAUAUGGAAAUACGCCGAUCGGAAAGCACUCAUGUCUGAAGAUUUAUUUUACUCAAUGGUUUAUUCUUUAGUUGAAUUCAAUGAUGUCAUUUUCGCUGCAGGCAAUUGUUACGCCGAACACCAGUAUAAAGACCAUCUGCUUUUUUGUCCUUACGCUUAUCGCUUGCCCGAAGGAAAUAUCUUGGUUAAGGAUCUGUCGGUCGAAUACGAUUAUCUGGGAAACACAUCGGAAUGGUUCUUCAUCGCAAGAAAAAAUGCCGAAAAAGUUAUCAAAGAAAACGAGCACUACACUCGCGGUUACAAAGCUCACAGAUAUAAUACUACAGCUAUGGGCAAUCGAAUUCCUCAAGAAAUAUUGUCAGUUAGAUACGAAGAUGGAAAAUGGUCCAAACCGUAUUACGAUUGUGGCGGAGGCAACAUAUGGAUGUUGACUUACACUGUUCCUUUUUUUGGAUACAUUAACGACACCUACUUUUUUAAAGGUACAAGUGGUAUCGACAUCGACUUAAGACGAGUUGACAUCGACCAGUGCCCUUUGCCAAAGGAUGAAACUCAACUGAAUAUAUUUGCGGCAUCUGAUAAAUGCAAAAGAGCAACCACGCAGUGUGUCCCGAUUCCAGGAUUAGGAUUCAGACGCGGAAGCUACAAGUGCGUGUGCCGACCUGGAUUUUAUUUCCCCGACGUCAAAGCCGAAAGACGUUAUUACAAUGGUACUGUGUUGGAAGAAGAAUACGAAAAACGCAUGCUUGUUGUCAGAGCUGCUAGUCCUGUGUUACUAAGAGUGAUAGCUUUGGGAGCUUUCUUCAUUUAUACUACGAUGAUCGUAAUGUACCCCAAACCGUCGGUGUAUACCUGCACUGCAAGAAUUUGGUUAAGAGAAAUUGGUUUCUCCCUUACCUACGGGGCUUUAAUGCUGAAAACUUGGAGAAUAUCCGUUAUAUUUCGUGUCCGUUCAGCGAAAGCGGUUAAGAUUACGGAUACAAAUUUACUGAAAAGACUUGGGGUGAUUUUGACUAUUUUUACCGCUUUUCUCCUGAUUCGCACUCUCGUCGCACCCCCCGUCGUCAUCGUAGGACGAACCGCUGAUGACCUUAAAGCCUAUCUCUGCAGGACUGAUUGGUGGGAUCACUUAUUCUCCACAUUGGAAGUCCUUUUUUUGGUCUGGGGAAUCAGACUGUGCAUUGUUGUGAGAAAAGCCCCAUCGGAGUUCAAUGAAAGCCGAUUUAUCUCCAUGGCAAUUUACAACGAAUUCUUAUUAUCCGUUUUCCUAAAUAUAUCAAUGUUAUUUUUGCAAAAACCAGCUAAUCCCGAUUUGAUGUAUAUUAUAUUCUUCUGUCAUACCCAGCUUACUGUUACUCUACUUCUGUGUUUAAUCUUCGGAAGUAAGGUAUUUAUGGUAUUUAAAAAUAAAGGUCGUACCGACGAGAGUUCAAUGGUGUCGAAAACACCGUCAUCGAAAUUUAUCAGCAAAAGUAGGUCCGACAAUCCACAGUACAGCACGAAUUCUUCUACAGGAGGUGGUGUCGUGGACUUUAAUUGCUCCAAAUACAAUGAACAAGAUGUCCAAGAAGAAUUUCUUAGGCUAUACACUCAGCUAGAAGUCCUACGUGAAAGAAAUAUGAGAAUGGGGAAUCGCCAUUUAGCUUUCAAAAUUACAGCCAUGCAGGAUGCAGCUAGGACGCAUGAUAGCUCAAACCCGAAUCCUAUCAGGUCUAGCGCCAGUCUAGGCAUAAUAGCUGAUACAGCUGUAGAAGGAUCUCCUGUAAAGAUAAAAAGGCAGAGCGUUUCGUUUGCCGUGGAAACAAAACCAAGUGCUAAUGGUGACAGUCCAGACGUUACCAAAGGAGAUGGCACAGAAGAAAAGGAAAUCGCAGAAAACGACACGAAAUCUGCUAUCGAAGAAACACCAGCAUCGAGUUCAACAUAUCUAAAUGCCCCUUCAGUCCCUGACGUCAAAAUAAAAGAAGCCAAACCUGGAAAUGACAGCAACGGUCGUUACCUUAUGUCUGGCCAUGCCAGGACACAUUCCAUCGUUAUCAAUCUAGAUGAUAAGAGUCGUUUUACCGAUGAAAUAACUGUUUAA